CGGAGUCCGCCAUGUUGGCUCUUACCGCGCUGUGUUUUAAUACGCCAUGUCCUGUCGUGGAUCUGAACUGGCGCCGGUUUCGUCUCUCUGGUUUGUGCUGCGCCUGCUCAGUAAGCUUUGUCUGCUGGUGUUGUGAGAGCGUGGGUCGUUUUUAUUUUGUUUGUUUGUUUUAUUAACAGAUUGGAGUGUUUUUUUUUUAUUAUUAUUUUUGUAUCUGAAUGUUUUUAGUUAACGUGACGGUUUAGAUGAAACGUAAGUCUGGAGAGCGACUAAAAUAAGAAACGACAGCUUACUGCAGAGAGAGAGAGAUACAGAGGAGAGAGGAGAGCACUUUGAUACACUGCGUUUACAUGGUAGAAGUAUUCGGAAUUUGAGAACGGAUCAGCCUCACUCAAAGGAAGUUUCUGAGAUGGAAGCAGCUCACAUCAGCCCAGAGCUUCCUAUUCGAUGGGUUGUUUCUGCAGACAGGACUGUUGAGAUCAAGGAGGAAGUGACUGAGCUGGGGUGUGACCAGGCCAAUGAGCGGAUCCUGCAGGAGGAAACGCCACCUUCUGGCAUCACUGAGAGAGGUACACUGACAGAGACCAGGCUGAAACUCAAAAUGGCCCAAAGAAGACGGAUGACCACUCAAGAAAGGAUUGAUAUGCUUACCGCUUUGUCCGAAAAUGAUUCUGAUGCAGGGAAUGUGAGUGAUUACGACAGCGAUGAAUCCUGGAUUUGUGAUACAGUCAGUUCCACCAGUGAAAGCGAGGAAAGUGCCACUGAAGUGCCACGAUCACACAGAGGGUUCCCCAGGGGCAGAAGAGGUCGUGGCAGAAGCAGCAGUCUUGGGGAAUCCUCUGCAGUGCCAGCCGCUUUGCCUGUAUCGUCUCCUGCAGCAGCUGCAGGCGUGCCAGCCCUGCCAACCGCUUCACCCACAGCAGUACCAAGGACAGUGACUCCAGCUGCAUCGCCAGCACAAACAGGCAUUCAGGAGACUGGGAAAGAUGGCACUGUUUGGGAAAUUAUAAGUCCCGGUGUUGACGCUGUGGGAAGACGGGCUGCACAAAAUGUUUUGACUGAAACGUCAGGUCCCACGCCGUACGCAAAACGCAACAUCAAUAGCAUUCUCAGUGCUUUUCAUUUAUUGAUUGAUAUGCGAAUGCUACACCACAUUCAACGCUGUACUGUAGCAGAGGCACAUAGGAUACAAAAUGAUGAUUCCUGGGCAAUGUCGUUGGAGGAAUUAGAAGCGUUUAUUGCAAUCCUGUAUGUUCGAGGAGCGUAUGGUGGUAAAAGCCUUUACCUGGAGAGCCUUUGGUCUACACAAUGGGGAAUUGCUUUUUUUAUAGAGACAAUGUCACGGAAUCGUUUUCGAGAAAUCUUGAGGUUUUUGAGUUUUGAUUUUAGAGCAACGAGAAGGGCCCGCCUUCAGACAGAUAAAUUUGCUCUGGCAUCAGAAAUUUGGAACGGCUUCAUUGAAAACAGCAUUGCCUGUUACAAGCCCGGAGAGAACCUUACAGUGGAUGAGCAGCUGUUUUCCACAAAAGCACGGUGUCGCUGGACACAAUACAUGCCAAGCAAACCUGAUAAAUUUGGGAUCAAGUUUUGGCUGGCAGUGGACGUGGAGUCCAAAUAUGUGGUGAAUGGUUACCCCUACCUGGGCAAAGAUGAAACUUGCCCAGCUGGUCAGAGACUGGGUGACAAUGUGGUACUUAGGCUGAUGGAACCGUACUUAGGAAAAGGGAGGAAUGUUACCACUAACAAUUUUUUUACUUCACUGCAAUUGGCAAAAAAGUUGAAGAAAAAGAAAACCAGCCUGGUUGGAACAGUGAACAAAGCAGGAAGAGAGCUUCCACCAUCUGCGCAAAACUUGCAACCACAGCUGUACUCCAGUACAAUUUUGAAACACAAUGACUGUGCUACGCUAACUGUUUACAAGUGCAAGCCGAGAAAGAAUGUCAUUAUUCUCAGCUCCCGUCAUACGUCCGUUGCCAUCGGGACUGUUGACAAGAAAAAACCAGAGACCGUGGAUUUCUACAAUGACACAAAGCACGGAGUGAACGUUAUAGACCAGAUGGUCCGUCAGUACUCUGUGAAAGCUGGUUCUCGACGCUGGCCAGUUGCUGUGUUUUACAAUGUGCUGGACCUGGCAGCCAUCAAUUCCUUCGUUUUGUACAAGGAAUGCACCGGAGAAAAUAUCAGUAGGAGAGAUUUCAUCUUGAAGCUGGCCACAGAGCUUCGGCAGAAACAUUUCGAUCAGAAAACUGCAAAACAACCUGGAUUCAGUGCUGCACCCAGCGACACACGCAAGAGAAAGCAAUGCAAGGUAGCUAAAUGCAAUAAAAAUAAAACUUCUGAUAUCUGUGCCCAAUGUGAAAGAGCAGUAUGUGGUAAAUGCACAGGAAAAGUUGAGAAGCGUUACAUCUGUGUGGAUUGUGCUACUUAGGGGGCUACUUUGAAGUCCAUUUCCCUGAAAGCACAUUCAUGUUACAUAAUGGGAGUUGAGAUCUUUUUAAUGCUAUUUUGUAUGUACAUAUACCUGUUUAAACACUAGUUUCUUUUGAAAUGUUUAUUUUAUUAUAGUUUCUCAUUUUUUGAAGUAGUGCUUUAUAUGUGGCAAGUUGGAAAAUAAACCCUUUUAUGUUUAAUUGUUCAUUUAAAUAAGUGUUUUGGCUGUGCAGAUGUUUGAUAUGAUGUGCUUGAAAUAAAACUUUUGAGUCGUA